AUGUCGCUUACCCAGUCUUCUGCCGGCAGUAUCGCAAGCACUGCAUCCGUAGCUGCUAGACGGCUAGCGGUCCUAUCGAACGCUGAGCGCAAUGAAGCAUUAACGGCGCUGUAUGAGGGUCUUUUGGCUAAUAAGGAUGCCAUCCUAGCCGCCAACGCAAAGGAUGUCGCAUUGGCAAGCCGUGCCGCGGAGGAUGGGGAUUUGAAUUCUAGUGUCUUGAAGAGGCUUGACUUAUCAAGGCCGGGGAAAUAUGAUGAUAUGUUGCAAGGAAUCCUCAGUGUGCGGGAUUUGACCGAUCCAAUUGGAAACGUGACUCUGAGGACACUGCUCGAUGAUGGACUUACAUUGGAGAGGGUGAGCUGUCCCAUUGGGGUGUUGUUGAUAAUUUUCGAAGCUCGCCCUGAGGUGAUCGCAAAUAUUGCUGCCUUAUCUAUCAAGUCUGGCAAUGCAGCUAUCCUAAAAGGUUUCAGUCACAUACCCGCUCUAGGCGGGAAAGAAUCAACUGAAUCUUUCGUCGCAAUAUCGACGGUGAUUUCUCAAGCCAUAUCGAGCACUCGCGUUCCCAAGUCCUCCAUCCAGCUCGUACAGACCAGAGACGUGGUUUCUUCCUUGCUGGCCCAAGAUACUUUGAUUGAUUUAGUCAUCCCUCGCGGGUCGAAUGACCUUGUUCGCUUCGUCAAAGACAACACCAAAAUUCCAGUAUUAGGCCACGCAGAUGGCCUUUGCUCCGCUUACGUACAUCAUGACGCGGACCUGGACGUUUCUGUUAAAGUGCUCGUCGAUUCCAAGACGGAUUAUCCGGCCGCUUGCAACUCUCUGGAGACCCUGCUGGUGAAUGAAGCUGUUUUGAGGACCAUACUACCUACUGUUGCCAAGGCCCUCGUGGCAAAGGGUGUUACUUUGAAGUGUGACGAACCCUCGAAAGGUGCGCUGGCGGAUACUUUAGACUCUGCGGACAUGAACUCUAUCGUGGAUGCCGUCGAGUCCGACUAUAAUACAGAGUUUCUGGAUCUGAUCCUUGCUAUCAAAACGAUACCUGCAUCUGCUCCCGGUUCAGGUGUUGAUGCAGCGAUCGACCAUAUCAAUACCCAUUCCUCAAAGCAUACCGACAUAAUCUUGACCAAGUCAAAGGCCACUGCGGAUUACUUCAUGAGCAGUAUCGACAGUGCCGGUGUUUUCUGGAAUGCUUCAACAAGAUUUGCAGACGGUAUGAGGUAUGGCUUUGGCACAGAGGUCGGGAUCAGCACCAAUAAGAUCCAUUCCAGAGGUCCCGUGGGACUAGAUGGUCUCACGAUUUACAAGUACCUGGUUCGGGGUGAUGGGCAUAGAGCAGGAGACUACUUCGAUGGUGUUGGGGGUAAAAAGUGGAAACAUGAAGUUCUACCAUUGUAA